CCUCUUCGCCGCCGGUUCACCACCGAGAACCGCUGGUUGGCGAAAAAGGCAAAAUGGGUUCAGGAAAAGUAUGGACCGUCUUUGGCGUGGAUGUAGGUUGAUUUUCGCUUUUUUUCUCUUUAAUCCGGGGCGGAGAGUGCUUAAUAAAACCAUAUCGUCUCCUUUUCCAAAGGUACAGUCUUUUUGGUGCUGGUUGUAAAGUCAAUUUGAUACCUGCCCUGGUAUCUCCAUCUCCCUACUCUUCAUCGAGAGAAGUAGGUGUUUCUGGGGUUGAUCAGUGAUAUCUGGCAUUGUCUGAUCGCCUGUUUCGAAACAUAAACACAUAAAACUUCCAUUUGUUUGGAAGGUUCCUCAUCUCCAUUAAAUCACCACGAUCUAAUCCACUGUAUUUUGUGUUUCCAGGAAGAAUUCCCAAGUUCCUACUCCUAUAAGUAUUGGCUUCAGAGAAGUCCGACCCAAUCAGUUAAGAUGCAUUUCAAACAACCUGAAAGUAGUGGUGGUGCUCUCGCCGACCAGGUAACCAUGCCGGAAACGAAGACUACUCGCGCCGAGUUCACCAAGGAGUCCUCGACUCUGCCUUUUGGCCAACCCGUGUCAUUAUCCUCGAUAUCCGGUCCUACUUAUGUCACCGGUCAAUUGCUCGUCCAGCAGAUCGCCUAUGCCUUGUCCGAUAAGAUUUUCUCCUACUCACCUGAGACCUUUGACCUCGAUGUUGCCGUGAAGGCUUGGACUAAGGAUGGUGAUAAGAACAUCCACGGGUAUCCCACUGCUGUCGUACCCCUCCAGACUCGUUCGGGCGCUGGCACAUUUGCCCUCGGCUAUAUAUUCUCCAAGGACUUCGAUUUGAGCAAGAGAAACAUCCCUCAGACUCUACUUGCGCCUUCGCUUAGCUUGCGCCACCUUCGCUCUGCUUUGGACCAACUCGCUUUGCUAUACGGGGUUGCUAGCCCUUUCGUCGCCCACGUCGCCGCUACCGAUUAUACUGCCGAUGCCGGUCUUGUUGCAGAAUAUGGAACUGCUCUGCAGUUAUCCGAAGAGCUUGGAUUAGGACUUGUCUCGAGUGGUUCUGCCUACGAGGCCCAGCACAUCUCUCUGUUCUCUACGUUGAUGGCUAAGGUCUUGCCUACCAUCCACUUAUAUGAUGGUGUUCGUACAUCGAGAGAGACCUUAAGAGUUAUCGACGUCUUGAGCCAGGUUGGCGUCGCCGAUAUCUUCAAUAAGGUCUCAAAGACGGCAGAGACAUUGAACAAGCGCCUCGAUAGUGCCGGCAAAGUCCUUGAACUUCUGCGUUCUUUCAAUGACGAGCUUGGUACCGACUACGAACCCUUUGAGUAUGUUGGUCACAGUGCUGCCGAGACCGUAUUCGUGGUUUUUGGUAGUGUCGAAGCCCAGCUAGCUAAGCAAGUCUUGCCCAAGCUUGCUGCUGACGGAGCAAAGGUUGGUGCUGUCGCUGUCAGGAUUUACAGGCCUUUCAUUGAGGAAGCCUUUAUCAAAGCUUUACCAGCCUCCGUUCAACGUAUUGCUGUCCUAGGACAAGUUGCGAACGAAGCCGAUGCAUUGGACUCUUCGGUUCAGUCUGUCUUGUACUCGGAUGCCCUAACUGCUGUGUCAUUUUCCAACAAAUGGACCUCGGUCCCCGAAGUCACAGAUAUCAAAUAUCCGGCCUCGCACACUUUUACUCCAUCAAGCUUUGCCGCUGCAAUCACCCAGGCGACAAGCAAGAUACCCAUUUCUCAAAUCCGGUUGCCCCAGCUCGACUCUGUACAGCAAUACAUAUUUUGGGAUACUGACAAUUCUGUUGCCAUAUCUGCCCCAACUGUUGUCGGUUUGCUUUUGUCUCGCGACUCUACCAACAAUAUAUAUCUAAACGAAUCUCAUGAUAACUUGGUGCAAGGUGGUGUCAUCCGUUCCGAUUUAAGAUCAUCCAAGAAGACGAUCGAUGCGCCUUACGCAGUUGAAGAUGCCGACGUUGUCUUGGUUGGUGAAGAGACAUUGUUGAAGGAGGUAGCUGUGUCUAAUAGCGUCAAGGACAAUGGUAAACUCAUCUUGAGAUUGCCGAACUUCAAGGAUGAGGAUGUUGAAAAACGAGUACCUGCCACGAUUCGCAGUGAUGUGCAAGCUAGACACAUUUCGCUUUACAUUCUCGAUUCAUCUUUAUCUCCGGCUUUCGAGAGCGACCUCGGUGUCGCUAGAUUGCUCGUCGAACUUGCUUUCCUUAAGGUUGCACAGUCUGAGCUCAAACAAGAGUUUUUGGAGAAGCUAGCUGUUUUAGAGGCCAAUCCUUCCGUGUUGGAAGAGUGCGUUGAUGCUCUAGACAAAUGUCUCAAGCAACUCGAGAUUCCGGAGUCCUGGGCGGAGAUUACCGAGGAAGCUUCUCGCAACCUCCCUCAAGUGCUCAAGACAAACAGCUUCGCGCCAUUCGAGAAACAAGAAGCAGAACAGGAACUAAAACUAACCACUUGGGAGUCUGCUGCCAAGGGCCUAGUCUUCAAAGAGGCGUACGCCACUGACAUUACUCUGCGCCCUGACUUGACCGUCAAGACCCACACUAUCCAUGUCAAGGAGAACCGUAGACUAACACCUAUGACUUACGAUCGAAACAUCUUCCACAUCGAGUUUGACCUUGGCGAUUCUGGUCUGACUUACAAGAUAGGAGAGGCGCUCGGAAUACACGCGGAUAACGAUGCCGAUAUGGUCUGCGAAUUUAUCGAAUCAUAUGGCUUGAACGCGGGCGAUCUCGCACAGGUCCCAUCUAGGGAAGAUACUAACGUUUUAGAGACAAGGACUGUCUAUCAGUCACUGGUCCAGAACAUCGACAUAUUCGGAAAGCCCCCCAAGCGCUUCUACGAGUCAUUAGCUGAAUUUGCUACCGAUGAGCUUGAAAAGAAGAAGCUCCUUUCCCUUGGUACUCCAGAAGGCGCCGAGGAGUUCAAGCGCCGCUCAGAGAUCGACACAAACACUUUCGCCGAUGUGAUUGAGGAAUUCAAAUCUGCUCGCCCCAGCUUCCCGGAGCUUGUCCGUCUGGUCGGACCCCUAAAGCGUCGCGAGUACUCGAUUGCCUCUGCCCAAGCGGUAACACCGAACGCCGUAGCUUUGAUGAUUGUAGUUGUGGAUUGGGUUGAUUCUAAGGGACGAACACGCUACGGCCAAGCAACCCGCUACCUCAGCCGCCUUCCCGUUGGAGCUGCCGUCACCGCAUCCGUUAAACCUUCAGUGAUGAAGCUACCAACGCGUGAUGAUGCGCCCCUCAUUAUGGCCGGUCUUGGAACUGGUUUGGCUCCGUUCAGGGCUUUUGUUCAGUACCGAGCGAUGCAGAAGGCGCAGGGUAAGGAUAUUGGUGCUAUUCUCCUAUACCUCGGCUCUCGUCAUCAGCGUGAAGAGUAUCUAUACGGCGAGGAAUGGGAAGCUUAUCUAGACGCCGGCGUCAUCACCCUGCUCGGCGCCGCCUUCUCUCGAGACCAGCCCCAGAAGAUUUACAUCCAAGACCGCAUGCGCCAGACUCUCGGUGAUAUCGUCAAGGCAUACAUCGAAGAGGAGGGUUCGUUCUACCUCUGCGGUCCUACUUGGCCUGUGCCCGACGUUACGGAUGUGCUCAAGGAAGCCAUUGCCGCUGAAGCGAAGGCAACUGGAAAGAAGUUGGAUGCCACUAAGGAAAUUGACCGACUUAAGGAAGAUGGACGAUACGUACUUGAGGUUUACUAGAUGGAUUUGUUUGUUUUGCUAUGAGCGAUCUAGAUUUGUCAUGAGUUCAUGUUCCUACGAUAUACAUCUAUAUAGAUCAUGAGCGAUUUGGAUUCAGUCCAAUAAAUAUUAUCAUAGGUUUUAAAUACUUACCUAUUUUUGUCAAUCGCU